AUGCUGAGAAAAGGUCAACAAACAGGUGAAGGCGGAUGGACACAGCCUUUGGUGAUGGCCGUUGCAUCGGCAGCAAUCGGCGGUUCAUUUCAAUUCGGUUAUCAUAUCGGAUGUGUUAAUGUUCCUGCAAAAAUAAUUAAAUUAUGGAUGAUCGACUCACAUAAGAAACUUUUCGGCGAAACAUUAACACUUGAUGAAAUUGGCAGAGUUCAGUGGGCCAUAGCAGUUGGUAUAUUUGCUGUGGGUGGUAUGAUUGGCGGAUUGGGAUCGGGUAAAAUGGCUGAUUGGUUAGGUCGUAAAGGCGCUAUGGUAUUUAAUAAUGUUGUGGCUGUUUUGGCUGCUGUGCUAAUGACAUUGGCUUACUAUGUUAAUGUGUAUCCAUUGCUAAUCGUCGGACGUCUUGUUAUUGGCAUCAAUUCUGGCUUAAGCUCUGGUUUAGUACCGAUGUAUCUUACCGAGAUAUCGCCGGUCAAUUUACGUGGUUCCCUGGGUAGUGUUGCACAACUUUUGGUUACCAUCGGCAUUUUAUUCUCCCAGGUUAUUGGUCUGCCACAAAUCCUUGGAUCGGCGAAAUUGUGGCCUAUGGUUUUUGGAUUCACCGUGGUACCAGUGAUUUUCCAAAUAGCUACACUGCCGAUGAUUCCGGAAUCGCCCAAAUACAAUUUGAUUGUAAAAAAUCGUGCUGAGCAGGCUGAAGAGGAUCUGAAAAAGUUACGAGGAAAGGACAACGUGAAAGCCGAAAUUGAUUUGAUGAAAGAGGAGCAAACCAAGAUAAAUGCUGUUCCCAAGAUGGGUAUCUUUGAUUUGUUCCGUGGUAACUUGCUGUGGCCCAUGGUUAUUGCUAUUUUAAUGAUGUUAGCUCAGCAGUUUUCUGGUAUCAAUGUGGCCAUGUUUUUCUCCACGAUGAUUUUUGAAGGUGCGGGGUUGGGUGAUAAAGCGGUGGACCAUCCAAAAUGUGGGCGUGUCAUGUUGCUUAUGAUUGGAUUGAUUGGAAUGUUCUUCGCUUCUAUUGCUAUUGUUAUCUUCAUUUCAGUCUACACAUCAGAUCAAAUAAACAACAAAUGGGCAUCUUAUCCAGCUUGUUUGUUCGUCUUUCUCUUCGUGAUUUUCUUCGCGACUGGUCCAGGUUCCAUUCCAUGGUUUUUUGUGUCAGAACUUUUCACGUCAGGUGCUCGUGGUGCUGCAAAUUCUGUAGCCGCAGCAACAAACUGGACUGCAAACUUCCUCGUCGGAACAUCCUUCGAAUUUCUCAACCAAGUAUUGCACCAGUACACCUUCUUAAUCUUCUCUGGUUUUCUGGCAUUUUUUGCAUUUUUCACCUGGAUGUAUGUGCCGGAGACGAAGGGUCGUACUGUAGAAGACAUACAGGAUGAACUGGCUCGAGGGAAAUCUCGAUUUGCUCGAAAUGCGGCAUAA